CCUUUGGUCUAACCAUACAUAUACUGCAUCACCACAUUAAUUUCUCUGCGCUUUUGGCGACUCACUGUGUGCCCGCGAACUAGCGGCUCGGCUUGGGGACCGGUUUGUCCCGCCUCGUUGGUGCCGGUCACAGCGGAUAAGCAAUAAGCCAUAGCUGGGGCGAGAAGCUGGCGGGGAGUUCCUUUUUCCGACGCGGAUACGCAUUGUUGACACGCGGCGCGUCUUGAACCGAGGCGCCCCGACUUGAAGGCCACAGCGCCUGGGAGGCCGCCGUCAUGCGGCAGGCUGCCGCUGCUACCAACUUAAAAGAGCAGCGGAUGGCGCCCGCUCCGUCGGACAGCUCGGCGCUGAGCCUGCAGCUCUGGCGGGCUACUGGCCUCGCCCCCAAAGCGUUGCAUUGCCCGCGUCAUGUGUUCUCCUCGGAGGCGGAUUGCGAGCCGUCUACGUCAACUUCAGGGCAACAUUCAGACCAGUUUCUCUUCCGCGUGCCCCAGCUGCCGCCCUCGGCGCAGCGUUUCUACAACGGGCCCAUCGACACGUUACCCACGUACCAGCAGGGCGGGCAGGGCGGGUUGCAACUCUCGCGGCGAACGUCUCGCGCCACAGCAACAGCGCCGCCACCAGUGCAGGCGCUACCGGGCGCAGGGAAACAACCCCGCAGUAAACCCACGACAGGGGGUCGGGGAGCCGGCGCCGCGACAGCCUCCACUUCUGCCGGCUGGUACACAGAACCGUACGCUGCUGCACCGCCUGCCUCGUCCCCGGAGGUUGACGACUACGACGUGCUUCUAGCGCAGUGCCCGCGGAGACCGCGGACGUUGCGGUCACGGCGACCGCGGCAGGAGGUUCUGCUCAUAUGGGCGGACGCGGUGCGCUCGGUCUCGUUAUCAGGCCAGAAGGAGACCAGCCUGCACCAGCAGCCGCAGCAGCUUCAACAGGGGACAGCGGCAGAGGUAGGCCUGCAGGCAGGCGGGGGGUCUUCCGGCGGGGGGUCGGUGUCCUCGGGGACGACGUCGUUUGGCGGCGUGGUGCUGGACGCCAAGGGGCAGCCCCUGAGUCCUAGCUCGCCGCUGAGCGAAUGGCGAGGGUAGCGAAAGCAUGUCUUGUGCGCAUUGCAGACAGCAGCAUACAGCAUUGAUCCAUGUAAGCAUGAAAAGGCAUGAGGCAUGAACUAAGCAUUGGGGACAAAAUACGCUGCAUGAGUUGUUGGGUUGUAAAAGGUCAACACCUGGGUUCUGUUGAGGUGCUGACAGCAGUGACACGUGGCGCGCUCCUGAUUUCGUAUUCUGUACGGUGGAGGAUCAGGGGUUGGAUUUGCAUAGGCACGAUGCACACCGCAUACGGCUUUGUAGUUCUUCGGUAUGGGGGUCCGGAUGCGACCUGAGCAUACAUGACGUUUGGAUGUUGAUGACGACAAAUCUACUGUUCUGAUGUGCACGUCCCGUCCAUCUGAGGCGGUGAUGCACUAAUGCAUUCCCAAGUAAUAGGUACGACUGUCAACGUUGAGAGCUUGCUGCAACGCUUCGUGUGUGAAGCCACUGUAACGACUGCAUGGC